AUGUCGGGAAGUUUUUCGAAGGAUGAUUUUCCAAACACUCCACCCCCUACUCCAGGUGGUAUUGAGAGUUUAUUGACUAAACUUGAAGCUUAUACUCCUGUUGUAUCAGACGCUACAACUAAAUCCAUUCUACAACACGUUGGAGUCAACACCGAUGAUCCGCAGAUUGUUCGAUUGAUAUCAUCAGCUGCUCAAAAGUUCAUUUCUGAUGUUGCAUACGAUGCCCUUCAGCACUGUAAGAUGCGAGGGGGAGGGAAGGAAACUAAGAAGGUGUCUGGCAAGGAUAGAAAAUAUGCUCUAACCACGGAUGAUCUCGGUAAGAAAGGAAACAAUUGA